UGUCUUGGUGAGCAAAACAUUGUAAUUACACUACUGGUACAUGUUCUAACAGAGCAUCUAUGCAAAAUGCAAGUUUUCAUUACCAAGUGGUACAUGACAAAAACAUAUCAUAUUCCCGGCUUAGAACUUCAAGACAAACCAAAGAGUUAAAUUAAAUUGAAAGUACAAUUUUUACUCAGGUAUGGGGAAUACCACAUCUAAAAAUAGCAUUGUUUUUUCCUCAGGUAUUCAAAAUGGAGUCCUUUUCCCAAGGAAUAUUUGAAGGAAUGCAGCACAUGUCAGAGUCAGUGUUUCAAGGACUGUGUCUUAUAAUGGGAACCUCACAACAGGUGGCUAUUAGGAGAGAGAUAUCGGACAUGAAGGAGGUAGUGAGGAGAGUAGCAACAACUAAUAAUAAGAGCACUUUGAUGUUUAGUGGAAGUUUAAGAGAAGGAUUCAGGCUGAAGGGAUCAGAUGUGGACUUCAUGUACUGGCCAAACAACCAUCGAGUGAUCAUGGACAUGUCUCAGUCUGAGUAUUAUAACACAGUCAAUACAACCUUGAUUCUCUCUGACAGUUCUGAGAGUCCACCAGGAUUCACUUUACUUCAGUUACUGACACAAACAAGAGACAGAGAAGUCCAAUCAUCAUGUGUCAGAAUAAAUGACAGAUUGUACAUAUCAAGUUUUACAUACAGACACCUAACUUGUUCAACUUUAGUCCCUAAUUCUACCGUGCAUGGUCCCUGUGGUAGUGGUGUUAGAGGAGGGAUGGAAUAUGACACUGCCUGGUGUUUUAUGUGUGAUUUUUGGCCUUUGUCUGCCUCCUCAUGGAUAGACAGAUGUCUUUCAUGGCCAGAUGCGGAAGUUGUAAAUGACAUUAUAAGAAAUGGUUGUCACUUUGUAGCUAUAGGACACCCAUUAGGACAACAAGAAAAUGAAGAAUGGAGAAUUUCCUUUUCUCAGGCAGAAUAUAAACUUGUGUCAUCAAUGAGCCACUGUCAAUUUUUGACAUACGGGUUGUUAAAACUUUUCUUAAAAGAAGUUUUAAAUCAACAAUCAGAAGAAACUAAUAAUUUGUUGUGUUCCUAUCACAUGAAGACAACUAUUUUCUGGGCAAUUCAACAAAACACACUAUCUCACUGGUGUCCGCAAAAUCUCCUGGUUGGUUUCUGGGCCUGCUUUAAACUUCUUCUGAAAUGGGUGUAUGAGGGAAUUUGUCCAAACUUUUUCAUACCACAAAACAACAUGUUCCUGACAAAGGUCCAUGGCUCGACACAAAACAGAUUGUUUCUACAAUUACAUGAAUUGUACAAGAAAGGUCUGGCCUGUCUCUUACAGAGUUCCUCUAUCAGGUCCUAUAUCACUGAUGUCCUGUACAAUCCUAGACUUUCUAUUUGUACAGCUGAGAGUGUAAUGAAGUGUGAAGUUGACUAUGAUGUAGAACUUCUCAAAGAGUCCUCUGAUGUAUCUAUAGUUCUGGGAGACCUAUUUAGUCUUACCAAAACCAUGCACAUGAUAGAACAGCUGGUUAAUUCACAUCCGACACAGUAUCAAAUUGUCACAUUACAAAAACUUACAUCAUCCAUCCUUCAAUAUAAUACUUUUGUAUUAACUAACAUGUACACUAACACAAAUGUCAACAAAAAGAUGUACAUUACUGACAAAAUAUCUUGUCACAUGCUGAAAUUAGCAGCCAACUUUGGAGGUAUUUCUGACAUGGUAUAUAUUGCCAUGCAUCAUUACAAAAUGCUUAGAUACAGGGAAGCUUUAUCUGUUAUAGAGAUGACAAAAGUCAAGUUAGCACAGCCGUAUCUGAUGUAUAGAAGUGUAAACAGAGAGAGGUUUACAGAGGCUUUAGGAGGACAGUCCUGGUCUACAAAGAUGAGACAGGCUGUAGCAAAGGAUAUCCAACUUGUCAGCGCCUUCUGUUAUAUCCAUGAACUGAUACCAGAACAACGGUCAGCUUUACAGAAAAAUACUUCAGUAAUAUUUAUCCCAGUUUUUGUCAUGUUACACUUUAUAGAAUUCUUGUGUUACAGACACAUCAAUACGGCAUUAUCACAAGCAGCUCUAGAUGAGCUACAAGUACUACUUCACCAUGAUCAGGGGAGGUAUGUACAUGUCUAUUACAGAGACAUCUCCUGGGAGAUCCUGGGGAUCUGUCAACAGAUGACUGGGAACCUCCAGGCUGCUUUAUACUCAUACCAACAGUCUCUCACACAGCAUACACACAAUGGAAUACAAAAUGCCACACAGAUGAGAAUUCAAGAGGUGGUUGAGUUAAUGCAACAUCAGUAAAUAUAUCAGUAAUUUGGAAUACCAGUGCCAAAUCAAAUUUGAUAUAGUAUACCUGUUAACCUUUCAAAGCUGCUAUGUGGGAGAAUCUCCCCCUUACCAACUUGGCUAAGGGGGAGAUUUUGCGUAAACGACAUUUUUUUCAUGUGAAAUGCAAAUAUAUAUAAAAAAUACUGUUAGAUACCUUUUUACCAUUGUAAUUAAUGCAUUUGCAAUCAUUUUAAAUUUUAUUAUUUCUAUGACUACCAGUGUGCGAUUACAACUUGUGUUGUGUUCAGAAAACUAUUAAUUUGUUUGCAUAGUACAAUACAAGAAGUCAAUAGUGCCACUUUUUAUAUUAAGUUUUCUUAUUGUUGAGUAUUGAACCAUCACUUCAUGCUGAUAUCUAGGGUAAACACAGAAAAUUUAUUUUAAGUAUUUUGAAUACCAGUAAAUAAUAUUCAUUAAAAUCAUUUUUUGCCUUAUAUAUAGGAAAGAUUUUUAAUUCACAAAACAACAUGUAUUUCUCCAGUAUCAUUUAAAAAUGAUCUCUGUUGUAAUGUCUACAGCAUCCCUGUAAUAUUCAUAGUACCUGUACUAUAAACUUUAAAAACUCUUGUGAAAUGCUUUUACACUUUUUACUCGAGCUUCACUUUUAUCGGUAGCUUGUAUAAAUACCCAGUUCCAAACUCUCUUUGAUUUUUACCGACUGUGCUGGCCAGACAGAAUUAGUCACGACUCACUGCACGUGGCUUGGGUGCUUUACCUGUGCACCUGUUAAGUGACACCACUUGUAGUAUAUUUAUAUGAUCUAAGGGAAGUAACUGUUUGAGUAUGAAUGUAUGAGUAUGAUUUGAGUAAGAGUUAUGGUUCUUUGUGUGUAUUGUUUGAGAGUAUCAUCCGGGGAUUGAGCACGGGAAAAUAGCCAUGCUGAUGAUGUGUGCGUGCGUGAGAGCAUGAUGUGGACUUGUAUACAUGUGUCAUGAAUAAACCUAUUCGUGAAUUGA